AUGAAUAAUAUUAAUUCACCAACAAUUUCAAACAAUUGUUCUGUAAAUAAUAAUGAUGUAGAUAAUAUUAAUAAUAAUAAUAAUAAUAACAAUAAUAAAAAUAACAAUUUAUCAAGUAGUGGUGGUAAAUUUAAAAGAUGGAACGGUACAACAUCUUUAAGUAGUAGUGUAGAUAUAAAGAGAGAGUUGGAGUUAAGAUCAUUGGAGCUAAUGAAAAAGGAUGAAGAGAUUAGAAUUCUUAGGGAACAGGUAUUACAUUUAAACCAACAAUAUUCACAAGAGGUAUUAAUUUGUUGUAAUUAUUCAUCAACUCUCUCAAAUCUUAAAAAAGAAGUAUGUCAAAUGAAAGAUAGUUUUAUUUCAAAAGAAGAACAAUAUAAGAAACAAAUUCAAGAGCUUCAAAUGAAAUUAUAUUGCCAAUAUCAACCAGUUGGACAUCUUAGAAUUUAG